AUGCACGUGGAACCAGAGCCUCUGUCGCCCUUCAGCGGCGGAGACUACGAAACGAAUGUCUACAUACAUCCUUACGAUGCAUUAGGAGAUCGCGACGGAGACAUCGAGAUCGAUCCCGAUCUUCUGGCAGAUGAAGGGAACGGGCUCGUAGUCGACAUGAGUCCGGGUCCAACUUGGCCGACUUCUUACGCCGACGAUUACCAUUCCUCCACUCAGCCCAUGCAUCAAUACCAGGAAUAUCUUGCUUUAUCGAACGAUCCUAUUCAGCAAGCCCUCAAGUCGUUCACUCAGCAAGCAACCAUGCCGAAUGCCCAAAUCCAAAAUGGUGGAUCAGCCCAUGCCAUCGUUUCUCCAGCUCAGCUAUUUCAGCCGUCUGCUCGCGCCGUGAUCGCUCCUACACCAUCGCCAACCAUUCCAACCGCGUCUAGCGGCACCAAAGCCAAGGAGCCUCGAGCUCGAAAAGCGUCGAUGCCUAUCAAGGGCGAGCCGUCUCAAAAGGCUGCCUCGCCGACCAUCGCCAAUCUCGCUUCUCAAAGACCUUCCAAAUCACAAUCUCCUCCACUCUCGACGCCAACGACGAAAAAGGCUACCGAGACUGCCGCUUUCGACAAGCUCAAGAAGGACUUCCUCAAUCCGAGCUCCAAAUAUGGCUGGCAUGGCCGUUUCGAGGACGGAAAGACCAAUCCUCUGGACGAGAUGACCAAGUACAUUUCCGACAAGAAUAUGGUCAUGACUGCUACUCAAACCGCCGAGUUUGCGACUCUCGCAUAUUCUGGGAUCCCGACAGCAUAUACACGAGCUUGGAAGACGCACGAUCAAGGCCUCAAACUUCUUUCGUCUCUGCUCAAUCGAGUGGUAGAGGGAUUGACUGCCGCUCCGACCGGCCAUUGGGCUAAAGCCGCUUACAAGAUGACAGAUCUCCUCAAGAAGAUCUCUCCGGCCUUAGACGAGUUGGGAAAGUAUAGUCUUGUUGCUGCUAUGCGAGCUGUUCAGAAAGCAGCCGGCAUCGACAAAGAAUUGAAGAAGUAUGCCAGGGAAGGCGUUGAAGCUCUCAGGCAGGCAGCGACCCAAGAAGUCGAAAGCGACAAUGUUACCGGACAGAAGCGCACAGCUCCUGAGGGGGACCAAAGUGGACUCGCAAAAAAGCCCAAAGUGGAACCCCAGGUCAAAACCCUUGCGCCUCCAGCCAAGACGGUGGUCAAGGUUGCGUCCAAGAGAACGGAUGGAGUAGACAUGUCUGCGUUUGGCUUGACUGCGCCUCAACCGAAAGUCCGAAGAACCGCCGCUCCGCAGAAAGUUGACGCCAUCAGCUCGUUAUUGAGCGGUCUCAAUCCCACGAUGAUGAACGGACAAAGCAAUGCCAAAAUGUCGCAGAGUACGAGUGCGGAUGUGAAGCCUCUCCGAGCUAGCGGCAAGCCUCGCAAGUCGGUCAGGUGGGAACCAGAGGGUCAAUUGGUCAAGAUCAAGUGGAUCGAGAAUCGAGAAAGUGACGAAUACGAAUCGGGAGGUGCCAACAUCACGCAACUUGAAGGGGAAGGAAGAUUUAUGAAACAACAUGGACAGCUGGAGGAGCAGCAAGAGUGGUACGAGCCUUCCGUUCUCGACGGGGUCAAGCCGAUUGCAGAAGUCGAAUCGGACAUGCCGAUGGAUGACCAAACCUCGCUAGCGAACGCGGAGCUUGACGAAAAUGCAGCUGGAUUCUGGGACUUUGAAAACUUUCGGGUUGCAGAUGCCAAAGCACGCGACCCGCAACCGGAACCGGACUCUCAUGUUGACCCCACAGAAGCUCCUCUCGCCCCUCAAGCCCCCGAUCUGCAGACCUUACUGUUGCAGUUGAGCCAGAGACAAGUUGCUAGUAGUUCUGCCGCCUCCGGAUCUGGAACCCCUGCAGGGCUAGGCAACGGCAAUGGUCAUACCGUUCCCGGCUCUGGAAAGUCUGCCCCGUCACUACAACUUGACAUGGAAAGUCUGUCCAAUAUCUUGUCCGCGGUGAGACAAACCGGACCUACAAGCGUUCCGGCGAGGCCCUCUUUCGCUUUAUCUACCGUUGGCACGAACGCGCAGCCGUCUUUCAAUAACAAUCAGUACAGCCGGUACGACCAGCAAAGUUAUCAGAAUCAAGUGCCUCAGAGUUCGUCGUACAAUGUGCAUCAGAGUGUUGCCAACGCGCCUUAUCCAAAUCAUAACGGAUGGACACCACCGCAACAUGAUUAUGGUGGCCAGUCUCAGCCAAGGCGGCGUGCUCGAUUCGUUCCGGGUCAAGACUUUGGCAAAUGCUACAGCCUAAUGAACAGCGGCUUGUAA